CGGAGAGCUGACCGAUCCCUCCCGCCCCCGCGCUCGCGCGUUCCUGCCGGACGAGGGUCGCGGUGCGCCUGCGCCCGGGCAGGGGUUGCCUUGGCGACUCGGCCUUUCUCCGUUUUCCUUCUCUCGCCCCCCUGCGGCUCCCUGGUCCGCGCCUGCGCAGAGGACUCGGCACGGAGAUUAUCUAAAGACACAGGGAAAAUGGUGGAAAAUUCACCGUCGCCAUUGCCAGAAAGAGCGAUUUAUGGCUUUGUCCUUUUCUUAAGCUCCCAAUUUGGCUUCUUACUGUAUCUUGUGUGGGCUUUUAUUCCUGAAUCUUGGCUAAACUCCUUAGGCUUAACCUAUUGGCCUCAAAAAUACUGGGCAGUUGCACUGCCUGUGUACCUCCUCGUUACGGUAGUGAUUGGUUACGUGCUCUUAUUCGGGAUGAACAUGAUGAGUACCUCUCCACUCAACUCCAUUCAUACGAUCACAGAUAACUAUGCCAAAAACCAACAGCCGAAGAAAUACCAAGAAGAGGCCAUCCCAGCAUUAAGAGAUAUUCCUAUUAGUGAAGUAAACCAAAUGUUUUUUCUUGCAGCCAAAGAACUUUACACCAAAAACUGAAUUGUACAUAGACUAAUACCAAACAUUUAUUACAAAUUUUUGAUGGAAGAAUUUCGACCAUAGUAAUUUUGACUGUCUUUCUGAUUAAUAUCCAGUAUUGAAAUGUUAAAAAAAAAAGGAAAGAAAAAUGUAAGUUGAACUUCUCUCAGAUUAAGUUCUAUUAAUAUUAUAAAUGUUAUCAAAUAGUAGUUACUAAUGGACAGAGUAAAUAAAAUACCGCAUUACCGUA